UCCUGCGGCCCUGCAAAAACAAACACAAGUGUGUCAGCCAGGUUCUCGGCCCAUCCCUAUGCUUUACGGAUCGUGGAGCUACUUUACGUGACGCGCCGGCGCUCCUGACUUUGAUUAUACGUAAGCGUCCGAACGGCGGUGUCUCUUCUCCGUAAUAAUACACAGUUAGAGGUCCAUUUGUGCUUUUAUUCGCCAACAUGAAUUCCACACACUCUAAGGAGACCGAGAAGCACUGCGUCCUGUGCUGCCAAGACGUCGACAUCUUCGCCUUUGGGAAAUGCGACCACCCGGUUUGUUACCGCUGCUCCACGAAGAUGCGGGUGCUGUGCGAGCAGAAGUACUGCGCCGUCUGCCGGGUGGAGCUCGACAAGGUGGUGUUUGUGAAAAAAGUGGAGGCCUUCUCAUCUCUGCCCUACCAGCACUUUGCAUGUGAGAAGAAGCACAACAUUUAUUUCGGUGAUGAGAGGAUUAACGCUCAGUACAGGCAUCUGCUGUUGGCAGAGUGCGUCCGCUGCCCAGAACCAAAGGUCUUCUCCAGGUUCGAGGAGCUGGAGCAGCACAUGAGGAAGCAGCAUGAGCUCUUCUGUUGCAAGCUCUGCUCAAAGCAUCUCAAAAUCUUCACCCAUGAAAGAAAGUGGUACAACCGUAAGGAAUUAGCACGUCACAGAGCACAUGGAGACCCGGACGACACAAGUCACAGAGGACACCCGCUCUGCAAGUUCUGCGAUGACCGAUACCUUGAUAAUGAUGAGCUGCUGAAACACUUGCGCAGGGACCACUACUUCUGCCACUUCUGUGACGCAGAUGGUUCUCAGGAAUAUUACAGUGACUAUCAGUACUUAAGUGAGCACUUCAGAGAGAGUCACUACCUAUGUGAGGAAGGCCGCUGUGCCACAGAACAGUUCACCCAUGCAUUCCGCACUGAGAUCGACUACAAGGCCCACAAAGCUGGAGCGCACAGCAAGAACCGGGCAGAGGCUCGGCAGAACCGCCACAUUGACCUGCAGUUCACCUAUGCCCCAAGGCAACAGAGGAGAAAUGAAGGUAUGGUAACCGGUGAGGAUUAUGAAGAUACACGUCACAAUCGAGGAGGAAGAGGACGGCCUCAUGGUGGAGGGGGGCAGAAAAGCUGGAGAUAUUCACGAGAGGAAGAAGACAGACAAAUGGAAGCUGCUAUGAGGGCGUCAAUGGCAGUGUGCAGACAGGAGGAGAGAGGAGCGGUGCAGGAGAGGAACACUCCCAAACACUGCAAUGAGGAGAGGAUGGAGAGAACAGAACUAGAGGAGUCCAGACACAGGACCGCACAUAUCAAACCAACAAACAAGCCGCCAGUUCGAACAAUGAAAAGUGCUAAUCCAGGAGAAGAAGAUGAAUUCCCAGUUUUGGGAGCCACAGCUGCAACAUCAGGUGUAAAGUUAGCUCCUGCAGUAGCUCCAGUAACCCGUGCAGCUUUGAAGGAGGAUGACUUCCCCAGCCUGUCAACUGUCGCUGUUUCAUCCCCCAUGACCCCAGCUUACUCUGCCCAACCAAGAAAGACUUCCUCUUUCCAAGAGGAGGAUUUCCCUGCUCUUGUGUCUAAAGUCCGUCCCCCAAAACAUGCAGCUGGCACUAAAUCUGCUUGGUCCAACAAUGCUGCUAAACCCAUCAAUCAUCCUCCUCCUUCCUCCAGACCUCAUCCUCCCCUUUCAUCUUUGUCCUCUGGCCCGCAGCUCCUCUCUUCCUCUUCCUCUUCCGUCUCACGUAAGAAAAAGAAAGUAGGGGAGAAUGGGAAGGCAGCGGCUACCAGGUCUCCUCCUUCCUCAGAUGACGACAGCAGGGGGAUAACGCGUCCGGUGCCCACCAUGUUAGAUAUCUCGUCUCUGCUCACAGUGAAAGGAGGCAACAGCAAACCCUCCGUCAUGACCUCAAGCUCAUCAAACCCAACUCCCAACACAGAUGUCUCUACCUCCAAAGCCAGCAAGAAGAAAAAACAGCAAAAGAACACGGUGCCUCCAUCUGCGUCUGUGUCUUCAACCAUGACGACACCUGUAAAUACAGUCUCAGUGGUGAAAACUGCACAGAAGGAGAACGUCCCCGAGAAAAACUGCAGCAAACCUCUCUCCAGUGCUGUGGCGGCGGCACUGACAAUGGGAUUAGCUAAUGGACGCCCUGAGAAAUCACCAACCAUCGGCAAGAAGGCAGCUGCAGUCACUUCUCGUCCGAACACAGACCCACACCUGGAACAAGAGGAAGAGUUUCCUGCUCUCACAACCAAGAAACCACCACCAGGCUUCAAGACCUCCUUCCCAUUGAAGGCUUCAGCUCCUGCCUCAUCCUCCUCAGCGCCCCCUCCUCCACCUGGUCUGGGACUCUCAGCCCCUAAGCCUCCCCCUGGCUUCACUGGGAUCCCCCUCAACAGCAACAGCAAAGUGGUUGAGCCUGCUCCUUCAGUCAACCCGCCUCCCAAAAUAUCAAGUGGUGGUUACUUGGUACCAGAGAACUUCCACCAGAGAAACCUGGACCUGAUCCAGUCCAUUAAAAAUUACCUCCACAAUGAUGAGUCAAAGUUCAACCAGUUCAAAAACUAUUCUGCUCAGUUCAGACAAGGCGUAAUAUCAGCAGCUCAGUAUCACCGCAGCUGUAAGGACCUGCUCGGCGAGGACUUUAACCGCAUCUUCAACGAACUGCUCGUGCUGUUGCCGGACACUGGGAGGCAGCAGGAGCUGCUGAGGGCCCACGGAGACUGCAAGGCCCUGGAGAAACAGUCGGGCGCCGGAGGAGGGAAGAAAAACAAGAACAAGAAGAGUGCGUGGCAGACGCCCACCACUGUCGCCAACGUCGCCGCAGAGCUGGAAUGUCAGGUUUGCCCCACUUGCAGACAGGUGCUGGCUCCCAAAGACUUCAACUCCCACAAGACCCUGCACAUUGGGGAGAGGGAGGAGUUCCCUUCCUUGCAGUCAAUUAGCCGAAUCAUUAGCUAGCCCCUCCUCUGCUACAGCUGCUAUUUUGGGGGCAUAGUUUCAGUUUCUCCUGCAGCUCUGUCAAAGCCCUGCAAAAACCCAGUAUGGAACACAACCUGUUUACUGUGUGACCAUGUUUCAGAGAAGUUUAGAACCUAUAUCUCAUAUUGAAGGUGAAAUUAAAAUGGUUCAUGUUUUUUUUUUUUUGUAGUUUCAGGUAAGGACAUCGAUAGUUCUGUGUGAAUGGUUUCACAGGUUAGAAUUACAGGGUUGCGCCAGCUCCAGUUUUCUGUCAAAUCACGCGGAUUGUGGACGUAUCCAGCUGGCACUGGCACUGUCUAAUCUAGAACUAUUGAUUUAUUUAAUGAAAGCAGAGGGACAAGUUGAAACUUUACUUGAAGAACGUCUUGCUCUGUAAUUCAAAAUUACAAUGACUUACAUUUUGUACUAAGCUUUGUGCUUUCACAGCAAGAAGAAUACUGAUGUUCUGUCGACAUCAGACUUGAUAAGUUAUGUAUAAUUCCCUAGACGGGCUGCUUAAAUAACAAAAUAAACACACAAGUUCAGUUCAACAUUUUAGCUCCUUAUUUAUUUUAAGUGCAGCUGUUUAAACUUUUUUCAAAUGUCUGUUGCUUCAUAUGGAAUGAUAAACUACGAUCAAUUAGGACAACGUUAAAGUUCUUUCUGCCUACUCUUCAUUUGUUCACUCACCAGUAGAUCUGGUUGAUCAUUUGACUGAACUGGUGACUUAAGGAAGUGGUGGUGCACAAGUUUUGAAAUGGAAACUAAAGUCCUAAACAAACUUGCCUACUUUCCCUCGUUUUUCAAAUACUGUGGUGUACCUACCUUAAAGCAGUGAUUGGUAAAAUGGGAUGGUGACCAUUGUAGUGAGAUAAAGCAGACUUAAAGGCUCCCAUUUUGCUGGAUUCCCUUUUCUUUUUUCCCCCCAAAAAAGUUUUUGGUUCAUGGCAAGUUAUGGAUGUGACAUAAACAAAGUCUUCAAUACCAGUUUUGAAUUAGGGCUGUCAAAUUAUUAUUUUCUUGUGAUUUAAUUGCAGAAGUUCAAUGGUUAAUUGCAUACUUGUCACGUUUUAAGAUUGUAUUCAUUUGCUACUCGCACAGUUUUAAGUUCAUGUAACAAUUAAAAGCAAUCUGUGCAUCUCGA